AUGGCUCGAACAAAGCAAACUGCUAGAAAAUCAACAGGUGGAAAAGCUCCAAGAAAACAGUUAGCAACCAAAGCAGCAAGAAAAAGUGCUCCAGCAACUGGAGGUGUUAAAAAACCUCAUCGUUAUCGUCCAGGAACUGUUGCACUAAGAGAAAUCAGACGGUAUCAGAAAUCUACAGACAUGCUUAUCAGAAAAUUGCCCUUUCAGCGAUUGGUUAGAGAAAUUGCUCAAGACUUUAAGACUGAUCUGAGGUUCCAGAGUUCGGCAGUCUUGGCCUUGCAAGAAGCUGCUGAAGCUUACUUGGUGGGACUUUUUGAAGACACAAAUCUAUGCGCUAUUCAUGCUAAGCGCGUGACAAUUAUGCCGAAAGAUAUCCAGUUAGCUCGACGAAUUAGAGGGGAGAGAGCGUAG